UUAAAAACAAGCCCCGGUUUCGAGGCGAGGACUGAAAAAAAGAGCUCCGUCGCCGUAAAGGGAAGAGAGGAGAAUUUCGCCGGAAAUUUCAUUCACUUUCUCGAUCGGCUACCUUAUCGCUUCGUUAUCAUGACAACAUCAAGGCGCCUUGCAGACAGGAAAGUGGGGAAGUUCGAGAGGAACAUAACAAAAAGAGGAUCUGUGCCUGAAACAACGACAAAGAAGGGGAAUGAUUAUCCCGUUGGUCCCAUGUUGCUUGGUUUCUUCAUAUUCGUCGUCAUUGGAUCAUCUCUCUUCCAGAUUAUCAGGACGGCAACAAGCGGAGGCAUGGCGUAAGUCUGGCCUAUAACCCAUGUUAAGGAAUUGCAGAGAAGACAUGUUCUUGUUCUUUUUGUAGUGAACUGAUGUUAUAUUUACUAGAUAUGUUUUAACUCGUGCUGUGACACAUUCGGAAUUUGAAUAAAGCCUCCCUUUCUCGUCUUUUGUUUUA